CAUAGAAAAAUGGGCCAAAUGACGAACUUUGUUCGUCUGUACGGCCAACAAAGAAAAUAUAACAAAUGACGUGCCAGUGAUGAACCUAGUCAGCGGAAUUUUUCGGCGUACUCAGUGUUGUGGCCACAAAGGUCUCUGUCUUAGCGGCCAACAUGGCGGCAGCCAACAACGUGCGUUGGACUGAUGCAGCCACAAGUCACCUCCUUGAGUUACUUAGAACAAGGGAGAGUUUGUGGAAUUUAAAAUCAGAAUGCUACAAAGACAGAAAUAAAAAGAAAAAAGACUAUCAAGAGAUCCUGAACAUAAUGAAAGAGGAAGUCCUUGGUAUAGAUCUUUCUUACAUCAAAGCAAAAAUCCAAGGUCUUAGAACGACAUAUCGUGAAGAGGUUAGAAAAGUAAAAAAAUCUGAAUCAACUGGCAGUGGUGUGAAGGAUAUAUAUAUUCCGAAGUGGAGGUUUUUUGAGGAGUGCUCUUUUCUUGAAGAUAUAAUAAUUUCAAACAGAGGAACUCUCUCCAAUGUCGUGGCAACUGAACCUGCAAGAACAGCUGAAGAGGACCAUGGUGAACUUGAUGGUAGUGGGCAAGAGGAUGCAACUCCUCCAACUGAAAAUCCACAGUUACCAAAAAGGAAAAAAUCAAACCAGUGGAUGGAAACAGCUGCAACAGCUUUAAAUGAGUUGGCCAAAGGGGCAAAGGUACCUGAAAAAGUGGAUGAUGAGUGGGACAUUUUUGGCAGGGAUGUAGCCAAUUCUAUUCGCGGAAUAAGUAACAAUGAUUUACGUCGACGUUUAAAAUAUAACAUCCAGUCGGCUAUUUUCCAAACCACUGAGCAAGAGCACAACCCACAAGCCCCCCAGCAUAUGCCGUCAAGCUCCUAUGUCUUCAACACAUUUACAGAAAAUGGCCCAACCUAUCAUUCCUUUUAGUUUAAGAUAAACUUGAUUAUCUGGAAGAUACUGGUGUUCUUAAGUUUAAUAUUGUUACGUUAGAUAGUGUGCAUAAUGGU